UAACGGAUGUGGCUUGGGGCGGGGGCCAGUCCGGAGGCCGGCUGCUGGGAGGGGGGAUUCCCUCCUGCCCCGAGGGCAGGUCUCCCUUUGGAGGCAGGGGCUGCGGGGAUUCCCUCUCCCGCCAGGUCCGACUGUCCGCCCGCACCGGCCGCGGAGAGGUCGCCGCCGCUAGCCCCGCGCCCUCCAGGCCUGCUGGAGGUGAGGGAGGUGGGGUGAGGUGGUGCCCGCCCCCCCGGCUCCUCCUUCCCCCAGUCCUCCCCUCCCACCACCCUCCCCCCCGAGCCGGUUUGUCCCUCCCCUCCCCUCCCCUCCUUCCCCCCGCCGCCUCCUCCUGCCGCUGCCGCUGCUUUGGCUGCUGCGUCAUACGCCCCAGAGCCGCCGGGACGGAGGGGCUGGGCCUGGGGACCCCCCGGUUUCUGCCUGCACGCCCUCCGACGCCUAGACGUGCCCUCCCCGCGCGGGGGGUUCGCCUCGGUCUCCGACGUCUGCCUCUGCCCGGCUCUCGGCGGCCCCAGCUGUCACUGGAUGAUUGUUCUGAAUGAGACACGCGGGCUCGGGAGGCAGCUGUUUCCACUCUGAAAAACAUCUCCAGAAAAGCUCCCAAAACACAUCUCUGGGAAACAGAGCACCUCUGUUACACCUCUAAACAGCAGUAGAAGGCCCCCCCAGGAUGCAAUGGCACAGCCCCCUCGGCUGAGCCGCUCUGGUGCCCCCCAACUUUGGGACCCAGCUUCCCCUGCUCCCACCUCAGGCCCCAGGCCUCGACUAUGGGAGGGUCAAGAUGUGCUGGCCAGGUGGACAGAUGGGCUGCUAUAUUUGGGGACCAUCAAAAAGGUGGACAGUGCUCGGGAGGUGUGUCUGGUCCAGUUUGAGGAUGAUUCCCAGUUUCUGGUUUUAUGGAAAGACAUCAGCCCUGCUGCCCUCCCGGGGGAGGAACUCCUCUGCUGUGUCUGUCGCUCUGAGACUGUGGUCCCUGGGAACCGGCUAGUCAGCUGUGAGAAGUGUCGCCAUGCUUACCACCAGGACUGCCACGUUCCAAGGGCCCCAGCCCCUGGAGAGGGAGAGGGCACAUCCUGGGUCUGCCGCCAGUGUGUCUUUGCCAUCGCCACCAAGAGGGGAGGUGCACUGAAGAAGGGCCCCUAUGCCCGGGCCAUGCUGGGCAUGAAGCUUUCUCUGCCAUACGGACUAAAGGGGCUGGACUGGGACGCUGGACAUCUGAGCAACCGGCAGCAGAGCUACUGUUAUUGUGGUGGCCCUGGGGAGUGGAACCUGAAAAUGCUGCAGUGCCGGAGCUGCCUGCAGUGGUUCCACGAGGCCUGCACCCAGUGUCUGAGCAAGCCCCUCCUCUACGGGGACAGGUUCUAUGAGUUUGAAUGCUGUGUGUGUCGGGGGGGCCCUGAGAAGGUCCGGAGGCUGCAGCUUCGCUGGGUGGAUGUGGCGCAUCUUGUCCUCUAUCACCUCAGUGUUUGCUGUAAGAAAAAAUACUUUGAUUUUGACCGUGAGAUCCUCCCCUUCACCUCUGAGAAUUGGGACAGUUUGCUCCUUGGGGAGCUCUCAGACACUCCCAAGGGAGAACGUUCUUCCAAGCUCCUCUCCGCUCUCAACAGCCACAAGGACCGUUUCAUUUCAGGGAGGGAGAUUAAGAAGAGGAAAUGCUUGUUUGGUCUCCAUGCUCGGAUCCCUCCCCCUGUGGAGCCCCCUACUGGAGAUGGAGCCCCCACCAGCUUCCCUUCAGGGCAGGGCCCUGGGGGAGGGGUCUCACGUCCCCUGGGGAAGCGCCGGAGGCCGGAGCCAGAGCCCCUGAGGAGGAGGCAGAAGGGGAAAAUGGAGGAGCUGGGGCCACCCUCAGCAGUGCGCAAUCAGCCCGAGCCCCAGGAGCAGAGGGAGCGGGCUCGUCUGCAGAGGGCACUGCAGGCCUCAGUGUCUCCACCACCCUCCAGUCCUAACCAGAGUUACCAGGGCAGCAGCGGCUACAACUUCCGUCCCACAGAUGCCCGCUGCCUGCCCAGCAGUCCCAUCCGGAUGUUCGCUUCCUUCCACCCCUCUGCCAGCACCGCAGGGACCUCUGGGGAUGGUGAACCCCCAGACAGGUCACCCCUGGAACUUCACAUUGGUUUCCCCACAGAUAUCCCUAAAAGUGCCCCCCACUCGAUGACUGCCUCAUCUUCCUCAGUCCCUGCCCCCUCCCCAGGUCUCCCUAGACGCUCAGCGCCCUCUUCUCCCCUGUGCCGAAGUUUGUCUCCUGGGACUGGGGGAGGAGUCCGAGGUGGGGUUGGCUACCUGUCCCGAGGGGACCCGGUUCGGGUCCUUGCUCGGAGAGUACGGCCUGAUGGCUCUGUGCAGUACCUGGUUGAGUGGGGAGGUGGGGGCAUCUUCUGAACAGCCUGCCUCUGCCCACUUUCCCAUUCAUACACACCGGCACUUUCAUACCCUGACCUCUGACCUCACCUACAGCUGGGAUGUACCUGGGGCAGUAGGAGGUACUUCUCCCUACUGCCCAGGCUGGAAUCCAGGUAGGGGGCUGGGGAAGAGGCUCUCUUCUCUACUCCCUUCAUGAUUCCUGACCCUUCCCCUCUCCCUCUUCCCAUUUCCUUUGAUGUUAUUUUGUUACAGCUUUUUAAAUAUUUUUUAAAAUUAUUUAACCCUUGGGGAUGGAGACUGAGGAAGGGGGAUGAUAAAGGGUCCCGGGCUCUGUAUGAUUGAAAUAAAGAUAAAUAAACAAGCUUA